AUGGCCAAGGAUUUAUGUACCUGCAUGUUUUCGAUACUAAGAAAACGACAGCUUCAGCAUUAUCUCGAGCAUAACGCAAGGACAAGCCGACGACGGGGCACGAGAAGGGCGCCCUGCAAGCUUUAUUCCCAUGGCGACACCCGGCCUCUGAAGGGCGGCCGGGGCGCUGCACGGGAGUGGAAGGUCAAGGAGCAGGUCGAAAGCGAGGAAAGGUCACGGGAGGGGCAGGUUGAGGGUGAGGGAAAGUCAAGGAGCAGGUCGAGGAAAGGUCAAGGUAAGAACAGGUCGAGGGCGAGGGAAGGUCAAGGAGAAGGUCGUGGGGGAGGAAAGGUCAGGGGAAGAGCAGGUCGAGGGCGAGGAAAGGUCAAGGAGCAGGUCGAGGGCGAGACAAGGUCAAGGAGCAGGUCGAGGGCGAGGGAAGGUCAAGGAGCAGGUCGAGGGGGAGGAAAGGUCAGGGGAAGAGCAGGUCGAGGGCGAGGAAAGGUCAAGGAGCAGGUCGAGGGCGAGCCAAGGUCAAGGAGCAGGUCGAGGGCGAGGGAAGGUCAAGGAGCAGGUCGAGGGCGAGGGAAGGUCAAGGAGCAGGUCGAGGGCGAGCCAAGGUCAAGGAGCAGGUCGAGGGCGAGGCAAGGUCAAGGAGCAGGUCGAGGGCGAGACAAGGUCAAGGAGCAGGUCGAGGGCGAGGGAAGGUCAAGGAGCAGGUCGAGGGGGAGGAAAGGUCAGGGGAAGAGCAGGUCGAGGGCGAGGAAAGGUCAAGGAGCAGGUCGAGGGCGAGCCAAGGUCAAGGAGCAGGUCGAGGGCGAGGGAAGGUCAAGGAGCAGGUCGAGGGCGAGGGAAGGUCAAGAAGCAGGUCGAGGGCGAGCCAAGGUCAAGGAGCAGGUCGAGGGCGAGCCAAGGUCAAGGAGCAGGUCGAGGGUGAGGGAAGGUCAAGGAGCAGGUCGAGGGCGAGGGAAGGUCAAGGAGCAGGUCGAGGGCGAGCCAAGGUCAAGGAGCAGGUCGAGGGCGAGGGAAGGUCAAGGAGCAGGUCGAGGGCGAGGGAAGGUCAAGGAGCAGGUCGAGGGCGAGGGAAGGUCAAGGAGCAGGUCGAGGGCGAGCCAAGGUCAAGGAGCAGGUCGAGGGCGAGCCAAGGUCAAGGAGCAGGUCGAGGGCGAGCCAAGGUCAAGGAGCAGGUCGAGGGUGAGGGAAGGUCAAGGAGCAGGUCGAGGGCGAAGGAAGGUCGAGAGGAGCGCCGAGGGAGAGGCAGCGGAGGCUACCGUCCGCGCUGACAUUGACUGA